AUGACUACUACUUCAGCAGACACCACGUACCUAGACCGUUGUGCCCAAAAAAGGGCCGACCAGCACUCCCUUAUCCCGUUCGAAUGGCGCUUAGAUCCGAUCCCGUCAAUUGAAUCCGAGCCAAACGCGCUGCCAAUUCUGCGCAAACUCCUCAGUCAACGAGAACUUGCUCUUACAGAAGAGACAGACAUCCGAGUUCUGCUUCAGAAACUUUCCUCCGGAGCUCUUUCAUCACUAGAGCUAACGCGGGCUUUUGCCAAACGCGCCGCACUUGCCCACCAACUAACAACAUGCUGCACGGAGGUUUUCUUCGAAGAAGCCUUUGCUGUCGCCCAGGAACUAGAUAAAUAUUUCGCAACAACAGGAAAAACAAUCGGCCCUUUGCAUGGACUACCCGUUUCCAUCAAAGAUCUAUUUUCCGUGAAAGGAGUAGACACUUCGAUCGGCUGGGUCGGCCUCACAAACAAACCUGCAACAGCAGACAAAUCCGUGGCUCGAACGCUGCGCCGGCUCGGCGCUGUACUCUAUGUGAAGACCAAUCUACCGCAAUCGAUGAUGAUGUCAGACUCAUACAACCACGUCUUCGGACAGUGCGUAAAUCCGUUUAAUCGCGGGCUGAUUUCUGGGGGUAGUUCCGGCGGCGAAGGGUCGCUUGUUGCUGCCCGUGGAAGUAUUCUUGGAAUAGGGACGGAUCUUGGUGGAUCGAUCCGUAUCCCGGCGUCACUCUGCGGGCUUUAUGGGUUGUCGCCUAGCCCUGGAAGGCAUCCUUAUGAGCGUGGGAAUCCUGGGCAGGAUAUCGUUCGCUCUGUUGCUGGACCAAUGGCUUGUAGCCUUGAGACGAUUGAGAGAUACAUGGAGGUUUUGCCGGAUGCACGGCCGUGGGAGAUCGAUCAGCACGUUGCUCCUGUACCGUGGAGGACGAAUUUGGCCUCUCCUGGAGCCAAGUGUCUAAGGAUCGGCUUUGUGAUUGAUGACGGUGUUGUGAAGGUGCAGCCUCCGAUCGCUAGAGCUAUGAGGGAAGUCAUUGAAGCGUUGAAAGAAUCGGGACACGAGGGUACGUGA